GAGAGAGAGAGACACAUCUCUGAUUGUAGCUCCACUGAGGCUCAUACAGCAUCUCAAUCCCCUGGCUGUGCUGAGCCAGAGAGCACUGAAGCCUUUAUUCACACGCAGGAUUUUAGCAGUCGCCGCUCAUUCGCAAGACGAGGCCGUUGAGCAUAGGCCCAGAAGAAUAGCAUCCUUUCGGUCAGGUUUGGCGUGGACUGCUGGUUGAUUUUUUUUUUCUUCCCCCUUCUUUGUUUUCCUUGUCUCUUUUUUCCAUCCUCCUUUGUCCUGGAGAAGACUCUUACUUGGACUGGAUUUUUAAAAAGAAGUCAUUAUUUCUAUUCCCUGCACCUGACUCUUUGCUGACGGCCGCCAUCGUAAGUGUUGUUGUCGUCGCAGCAGCGAUCAGCUGAGUCACCAUGUCUGAUCUGACUCCCCAGAGCGAUGCCCCCACCCCCACUACUGACAAGAUCACACAGGCUGCCCGAGAGACCAUCUACCUAUGCAACUUCCGCGUGUCGGUGGAUGGGGAAUGGCUGUGCCUGCGUGAGCUCAACGACAUCUCGCUCACGCCUGAUCCCGAGCCUGCUCAUGAAGACUCAUGGGAGGAUUUCACAGAUUUGGUGGAGCAAAUGCAAAUGCUUGAUGAGUUUAAAGAUCCCAAAGACCCCAUUGCCAUCGAGAGGCUUAACCUGAUGAACAUGGCCAAGCUGAGCAUCAAGGGCUUGAUCGAGUCCGCAUUGAACUUGGGCCGCACGCUUGACUCAGACUAUGCCCCGUUGCAGCAGUUUUUUGUCGUCAUGGAGCACUGCCUGAAACAUGGACUUAAAAGUAAGAAGACGUUCCUUGGUCAAAAUAAGUCUUUUUGGGGUCCUUUGGAGCUUGUAGAAAAGUUGACUCCUGAAGCUGGUGAGAUCACAGCCAGUGUCAAAGACCUUCCUGGGCUCAAAACCCCGUUAGGAAGAGGCAGAGCAUGGCUUCGCCUGGCCUUGAUGCAGAAGAAACUCUCAGAUUACAUGAAGACCAUCAUCAACCGAAAAGACCUGCUCAGUGAAUUCUAUGAGCCCAACGCUCUUAUGAUGGAGGAGGAAGGAGCCGUGAUCGCUGGGCUGUUGGUGGGCCUGAAUGUCAUUGAUGCUAACUUGUGUAUGAAGGGAGAAGAUUUAGACUCACAGGUUGGAGUCAUAGACUUUUCCAUGUAUCUGAAAGAUGGUGCGCACAGUAGCAAAAGCACAGAGGGCGAUGGACAGAUUACAGCUAUUCUUGACCAGAAGAAUUACGUGGAGGAACUGAACAGACAUUUAAGUGCGUCAGUGAAUAAUCUGCAAGCCAAAGUGGAUGCGCUGGAAAAGUCCAACACAAAACUUACAGAGGAGCUUGCUGUCGCAAACAACAGGAUCAUCACUCUGCAGGAGGACCUGGAAAGAGUGAAGGAGGAAAGUUCUUACUUAGUGGAGUCUAGUCGCAAGGCAUCAAGGGCAGAUGGUACUGCAAACGGUCAAGUGCUCGGAGAAACUCGCAAACAGCUCAAAGAGGAAACUCAGCUCAGACUGGAUGUGGAGAAGGAGCUUGAGGUGCAAAUAGGGAUGAAGCAGGAGAUGGAGUUGUCCAUGAAGAUGCUAGAGAAGGACAUCUGUGAAAAACAUGACGCUUUGGUGGAGCUCAGACAGCAGUUAGAUGAACUGCGUACACUCAACCAUGAGCUCUCCGUUAAGUCACAGAGCUCAGAGACCGGUGCAAAACAGAAGAGUGACAUCAUCAGCCGCUUGGAGGAGAAAACAAACCAGAUGGGGAGCAUUAUUAAACAGCUGGAGAGCAGAUGUAAGAAGGCAGAAAGAGAGCGGGACCUGGCGGAUGAGGCCAAUCGGCUGUUCAAGGAGGAGUUUGGGGACAAGAUUGCGAGUCUUCAGCAAGAGGUUGAGCAAUUACGACGGCAGAGAUGGAUUUUGGAACAAGAGCUCAAGAAAUGGAGAGAGCAUCCUGGAGGCCAAACUUCUGAAGCUCUGUUAGGAAAAACGCCUCCGCAGAGAGACAUGAGGCAACACGUGGAUGACAUCAGAAAGGAGUUAGAGUCUGUCAAAAAAGAAAAUUAUACAUUGCGUACUGCACUUGAGGACAAGUCAAGUCUAAGUUCCAGUUUGACACUGUCACAUGAAGAUGAACAGGACCAGUUUCUUUGUAAAGAUGUUGACCCUUCCAUCUGCCCGAUGUGUGAAAAUCAAGACUCUCUGACUACACCCAAGAGGCAGUGCAAGAACUGCAGUGGCGUGUUCUGCGAGAACUGCAUGGCUAAUGAACUCCCUCUGCCCUCCUCCAUCAACCCUGAGCACGUGUGUGACGUCUGCUACUCACAGUUACUGCAGCAGUACGGGUCCUCCCCAUCCUGAGCUCGAGCACAGACUGUCCUGUCAGUAGCUUUAACGGUUUAUCAACGUAAAUGGUGCUGUACAUAAAUUGCACAUCACAUUCUGGAUCAUCUUAUCAGUUUCGGGCAUCUCAGUCAUACAACAUAUCAGUACAUUUUUUUUUUUGUUGUUUUUUGCACACAACAUUUGCCAAAAAGGGAUGAUUUUUACCAGCUCUUUGUUGGAAAUGCUUUAAGAACGUAUAAUUCUUGCGGAUGAGUGAAGCUGUCCACCAAGUGGAUUUAUGCAGUUCUUGUACUUGAAUUGUCUCCAAUUAAUAUUGCUAGUAAGAUGAUACAAUAACAUAAUAGUGAUGUCUUAAUAAAACAACCUGAAUUAUGAUGAUCGAUUGUAGACAGGAUAGUAUUUUCAGCUUUUUGAAAACUAUGCACUGAAGAAGGCACAUACAUUAACAUUUUAAACUCUUCCGAGUCCAACAUUCAUAAAUUGUGAGAAAAGAUACAGUUCAGACAAAACAGCAAAUUAUGGAACACUACAUUAAAAUGUUAUGAAAUAAUGAGAUAAAAGGUAGUUUUAUGCCUGCCAUGUAAUGUAUUUUAUUAUUAUUAGCUAUGCAAUAAAAUGUUAUUAUAAUGUGGA